AUGGCGGCCACGGCGGGCUUCGCACAGAUGGGGCUGCAAGCUGCCCGGGCUCAGGUCUGUGUGUUGGGCGGUGGCGUGGUGGGCACAGCCAUCGCGCGGGAGCUCGCGCAGCGUGGGGUGGAGACCAUUCUGCUGGAGAAGAACCGCAUCGGCAGCGGCGUGAGCGGCGGCAACACGGGCAUCGCUUGCACCCUGCUGGGCGUGGCCAAGGACUCUCUGGAGCGGCAGUGCUUAGAGAGGGCUUUGCCUUUGAAUCUGCCCACCUACCAGUCCUUGGGCCUGCCACACAAAGCCGCUGGAGCGCUCUAUGUGGCAUGGAGCUCUGGGGAAGCUCAGACAUUGGAAGUGCUGGCCGAAGAGGCGGGUGAAGAGUGUCGCCGUCUCAACGCUGAGGAGCUCUUGACGCUGGAGCCUCAACUCGCGACCUCUGCACAAGCUGCGCUGCUCGUGCCGGGCGAAACUACUGUGGACCCCGGUCUGGUGCCCUUGGCCUUUGCCGCGGAUGCGCAUCGCUGCGGGGCACACGUCUGGGAGCGAACCGCGCAGGCCUCGAUCGAGGAAGUUUGUGGCGCCUGGCGUUUGAGGCUGCCGGGGCUGUUGCAGUCUCCCAUCUUGACACAGCAUCUGGUGAAUUGCACAGGCCUCACCGCGCCGCACAAUUCAACGAAGACCGACCUGCGCUUCAAGCCACGGCGAGGUGACUACCUCCUCUUCCGGCGCCCGGACGCUUCGGCCACCCCUCCACUGUCGCGGCCCAUUGGGGCUGUGCCCACGCCAUUGGCACGGGGGGUGUAUGUCUGGCCCACGGUGCAUGGCGAUGUGCUUUGCGGGCCAACGAAUGUGGAGCAGGAGCACUCCGAGCUGCCGCCGCCCAGCGCCGAGACCCUGGAGGCCUUAAGAGACAAGGCUAUCUCUGUGUGUCCUGCCUUGGCUGAGUGGCCUGUGGCUGGGGCCUAUGCAGGUCUGAGACCGGCAUUAGAUCCUACAGUUUUUGGGUCCGACUACUUUUUGAACACGAGCCAAAAGCCGGCCGGCCAUUCCUUCACGACGGUCGCAGGGGUGCGGAGUACCGGUCUCACCGCCUCUCUGGGGAUCGCCAAGAUGCUUUGUGACAGGCUUGGCUUUGCAGAAGCCGCUUCCCCUUCGCCGACGCCGGCGUCGCCCUUGCUGCCGGCCUUGCGGAGCUUGGCGGAGACCUACGCCGAAACGAAGGGCUUUAUCGAGCUGGCGCAGCGAAAGUGGCUGGUGGCGCAUCCGCAGACUUGCCUUGGCCUGGCCGCUACGGCCGGUGUGGCCGCGAUGCCAGGUCCCUCAGAGCGCAGUGGCUCUGCAGCUUGGUUGACAGGAAUCGAUGGACGCAGCAAAGAUCUGCACGGCAUCCUGCAAAAACCCAGCGGAGCUAUGGGAUUGGGCAUGGAAUGUUUGUCCUUGUUGAAGAAACAGAAGACGAAGAUCCUGAUGCAUCAGGUGAUUGAGAAGCAAAAGCUGGAAAGGAUCUUGAAGGAUAUCAUGACUUUGGAAGCGGAAAGAAAGCAAGAGGCUGCCGAGAUCGACCCUGAAGCCGUGAAAGCCAAAGCACAAGACACCAUCAAGGCUGUCGACAUCUCCAUGAGCAAGAACAUGACCACUGCCUUGGCCUACAUGAUGCCCAUGGUCAUGCAGUCGCCCCGGGCACGUCAUAUGGAUGAGCACAUUCCGCGGCCGCAGUCGGUGCUCCGCAUGGACCUAUCGCAUUACUGGAUCAGCAGAGUGGUCGCCCUGGGUGCAGGUUUCACUUGUGCCCUCCUGCUUGCGCAAGCGCUUGGGCCAAAGGUUGCCAGAGGCAAGACUGAAGGCGGAGGUGGCCAGUUCCUUCAAGAGUGGAAGUUUGAGGAAGUGAAUGUGAAUUCGGGCGACAAGGUCUUCGAUGUUCUGUUUAAUCAGACCCUCUACGACUGCAUCGAGCCUGUGAAGCACAUCGCUGACAAACGAGGUCGCUGCUACGAUACCAUCUUCGCUCGGCAGCACAAGUGUUAUGCUCUUCGAAAGGAAGAGCCGCCGGCGAGUUGCAAGCGCACCGUGAAGUGUUUGCAGGGCAAAAAGGAUGAGAAGCCGAUCAAUCCCUGCGAGUGGCUUUGCACUGGUGGCAACAGAAAUCAAGCAUGGGUCAAGGAGCGCUGUGACAAAGCCGUGCACGAUGCGAUGCGUUGGAGCGGGAAAUGCCUGGAUCAUGGUUAUGAGCAAAGGAGCUUCGAGGCCAUGGAAGACGUGAACGUUCUGUCGCAGCGCUGUGUCGAUGAGACCACAAGCACCACGACGCAGGUUGGGUCACAUUUCUUCUGCUGGGCGUUGGUGGUUCCAUGGACCAAUGAAGUGGACCUGCUGCUGAUGCAGCAGAAGCUGAAGAAAGGGAUCUUCGAAUGCGAUGGUCACGAGAUCUAUUCUGAUAGGGAAAUGCACAUUGGUGGUAUCAAUACAGUGAAGGUGGAUACCGAUCUUCACUGCAAGAUGAACAAGAUCACACUCACCAUCGAAAACACCAACAUCUUCCGCGCAGUCUGGCGAAAGGUCCUGGAUCGCAUGGUGUGGAUGGACUAUGAGUGGACCGUGAAGGCCGACUUAGACUCGGUCUUCGUGCCCAACAGGCUGCUGCACUAUGUGCAAGACCCGUGGAUUCAAAACCAUGCCCAGGAGGGCAAUGGGCUCUGGUUGAACAACUGCUGGCGCGGCUUGCAUGGGCCUAUCGAAGUGCUGUCACGCCAAGCCAUGCAGAUCUACAACAACCGAUGGCUGCAAUGCGAAGCGGUGGCAGAAGCCAAACCCCAAGAGGAUGUGUACCUCCAAGAGUGCAUGCAGACCUUGGGGAUUUGGAAGUCAGACAUGAAGCAUCUCUUGGCCGAGGACCAUUGCGACCAUCAUGACUUCUGGAAAUGCGAAGGGAACUUCGUGGCCUACCACCCCUUCAAGGUAGCCAUCUCCCACCAGUGGCGCCACACCUGUCGUUUCUGCCAGUCGCAGAGAAUCUAUGAGACUAUUGACAAACGCUCCAAGAAAGCACAGGAGAUGAUCGCACGCGCGGCUGUAGAAGAAGUGAAAAACCUCACCAAAGACAUGCAAGACGUCUUUGAAGUUCAAGACAUCAAGGGACAGAUCUUCAAGAGCUUGGGGGAGAUCGACACCCCAUCCUUGGCCACCAUCAUUGCGAGCGCAUUUGCUCCCGCGCAGCUCCGAGCGCUGCACAUCUCCAAUGCCAUCAGUCUGAUGACCGUCCUUGUGGUAGUCAUCAUUGAUGCCCUAAUACUGGUGAGUGACAGAGGUUUCACGUGCCAAAGUUUCGUGGGGAACAAGGAGGGCAAACGCGAUGCAGUGGAUCUCUGGUACAAGGUCGAUCUGGGCAUCGCGGCAUUCUGCGUUUUGGUGCGUCUUUGGACCCUUCGCAGCCUGAGCCCAUUGAUACAGGAGAUGAACAAUCCACCUAUGCUGGAGAUGCAAGAUGAUCCUGUUCAAGCACUGCGUGCUCUGCUGGCCUACUACCUGAACACCGGGUCAAGGGCCAUCAUGAGGGUGGACGAGAUCACCGAGUCGUUGAUCUACGCGCUGAGCAAUUGGACGGUGCUCUUCAAUCUGAUCUGGAUCGGCGUGGCUGGGGACUUGGUGCUGAACACUCCCUGGUCCUCGUGCCAUGAUCCCGGCCUCAUCAUUCUUCGGAUUCGGUUCAUCCUCUUUUUGAUCCUCAUCGUGCCUGUCCUGUUGAAUGUGGUGCUGUUCUUCGCUGGGCGCAUGCUGAAUGGCGAAGGACUGCAGAUCUCUUUGUUAAACUCAGCCAGCAAGGCGGAUGAGAGUCUUGGUAUUGGAGUGCCCUUGUGCUCAAUACUUGUACAGGCUUUCUUCAUCCGCAACAAGCGCGACAUGAUCAACAUCCAGCUGAAAAUUCUCCAGAUGAAGAAGGAGGAGGCGGAGAAGAAGCGCCUGGAGGCGGAGAAGGAGUUGCAACGCUUGCAGGGCGAUGAGACGUCUCAAGAUUCGCAAGUUGAGACUUUGCAGCAUCAACUGCAGGAAGAGGCCGGAAAGGAUGACAACCAGGUGGUAAAGGAACAGGAAGAGCAGCGCGAGAAGGUCCUACAGGAAGCUGAACAGGUCUUUGGUCUCCUGAACGAACGCGCCAAGAAAGCCAGCGGUGAAGCAGAAGCGCAGGUGAAGAAAUGGGAAGAGGGCGAUGGUGGCGAACUGCUCCAAGCCAUUAGCAAGGGCGAGGGUGGAGCAAAGUUGCAGGAGAUGCUUGGACAGGUGGACAUGCAGUCCAUGGCCUCGCAGUACGCACAACAGGCACAACAAAUGGCCGGGGAUUUGCAGAACCAGGAAUGGGUGAAGGACGCAAGUCAACGCGCUCAAGCCGCGGUGGCGGAUGCACAACAGCGUGGACAGGAGCUCUAUAACAGCGAAGAAGUGCAGGGCCUGAUGCAAGGAGAUCAGCUCCAGGCGGCGAUGCAAGCGGGGCAGGACGCCGAAAGGCUUUCGUCCCAGCCUGGCAGUCGUCGGGUCUCUUGUGGGGUGGUUCGUGGCGUCGCGGAGCGAAGGAUUUUCGUUGCCCUUGAGGCACACGCGCACUGGCGCAGCGCUGGGCGUCGUGCGCUGAAGGGCACAGUGAUCGAUGCACCACGUGUUCGCGUGGAUAUGCCUGCAUCCUUGAUGGAAGUGGAGGAACCGCUGGCCCUGGAGGCCGCUCGAAGUUAUCAAGCCGUAGAGCUCCAGGUGCCCUCGUGGGUGUCGGAGAAGCCUAUUUCCACGUCCUUCAUCGCGGCCAAUGAUAUGCCCUACGAGGGAAAUGCAGCCAAGAGGCCUCCACCUUUGGUCUUGCUCCACGGCUUUGACUCCUCCGCCCUGGAGUUCCGACGGCUGCUGCCCUUGCUCAGCGAGGCUGGUGUGGAGGUGUAUCUCGUGGAUCUGUUAGGCUGGGGCUUCGGGGAAAAGGAGGACGUGACCAACUUCUCCCCUGAAGCCAAGCGUGAACAUCUCCUGGCCUUCUGGUCGCAGCACUUGCAGAAGCGUCCCAUGGUCCUGGGCGGUGCCUCGCUGGGCGGCGGCAUCGCCAUGGACUUCGCGGUGCAGCACCCGGAGGCCGUCGCCAAGAUGGUGCUGAUGAACCCCCAGGGCUUCAUCGAUGGGGCGCCGAAGGUCGGUCCCCUGGGACCGCUGGGGAUCAAAGUGUUGGGUUCCUGGCCGCUGCGAUGGAUGGCCAACCAGAUGGCCUAUUUCAACAAGCAACGCUAUGCCACGGACGACGCUGUACGCGUUGGGCGGCUGCACGUGGAUACCGAGGGAUGGGAGGAGGCGAGCCUCGACUACUUGAACUCCGGUGGCUACACACUCUCUCCCUUGGUGUCACAAGUGCACUGUCCCACGUUGAUGAUUUGGGGAGAAGAGGACGAGAUUUUGGACGCACAGGACCAGGUCUCGCGAUUCCAAGAGGAACUGCGUUGCCCUGUGACGCUUCAGUGGAUCCAAGACAGUGGCCACGUGCCACACUUGGAGAAGCCAGCGGAGACAGCUGCUGCCAUUCAGGUUUUUCUGGAAGCGCCGGUGAAGAAGUGA